AAACUGAAUAUUUUUCCCAUUUUGAUAUUUAUUUUCUUUUUCUUUCCCUUUUUUUUUUUCUUCUCCUCAAAUAAAGGAUUUUUUAUUCUUUUUUGUAUUUAAUAAAAAAUAUGAAACAUCAUCGAGGUGCAUCCACUUGUUCUACUCAACUUAUAUCUGAUUCAACAAAAGAUGGUUAUCUUCCACUUCAUCGAUCAAUCACUGAUGAUCAUGAAGAUAAACACGCUAAACAUUCUUAUGAUACAACAAAAUCACCCAUUACUCGCUUUGUAUGUAAAUUAUUAGGUUUGGAACCAACUAGAACUCCAACUUUUGGUCACAAAUCGGGCUCUACUACUUCCAUCACCAAAAGUUCUGUUUUUCAUCAUCAUCAUCAUCGACAUAGAAAGACAGUAAAGAAAAAAGAAAUUGAUCAUAUGAUGUGUCAUAACAGCACUAGUAGCAACAAUAGCAUUUCAUCAUCAACAUCAUCAUCAUCAGCAUCAGCAUCAUCAUCAUCAUCAUCCUGUAUAUCAUCCACCAUAUCACCAAUGAAUCCAAAUCUUGUCAUCCAAUCUUCCUGCAAUCAAGUGGAUGAAAAGAAUGUCUGUCAAAUUAAUAUGCAACACAUCACACCAGCUAUGGACGCCUUGGUCAUGGCCAGUCAAAUCCCUUCUGCCAAAAGAAUUCAAUUUGUCGAUGAAUUUGAUAUUCCUCCUCCUACCUUGAUUCAUCAUCAUGAUCCUACCACUUUACCUCUUUUGACUGACUUAUUGGCUGAACAAUUACGACCUUAUUUACCUCGCAGGUAUCGUCUUGCCUCAGAAUGGAAAUUACUUUACAGUAUGAAUCAUCAUGGAACGAGUUUAUCAACAUUAUAUCGUUCUACAAUGGAUUCUGGACCAUGCAUUAUGGUUUUAAAAGAUGAUGAUCAUCAGGUGUUCGGUGCUUUUUUAAACGAAUCUAUUCAACCUGGAUUAUCUUAUUAUGGAACGGGUGAAUGUUUCUUAUGGAAAAUCUCUUUACCUACCAAUACAGAUCAUCAUCCUAUACCGAAAAUCAAAGUAUUUCCAUGGACAGGUAAGAAUGAAUAUUUUUUCUAUUCAACCAUUGAUUGUAUUGCCAUGGGUGGAGGUGAAGGAAGGUUCGGGCUUUGGUUAAAUCAAGAUCUGGAAAAAGGCCACUCGGAGCCAUGUGCCACCUUUGACAAUGAAUGUUUAUCCCUGAAUCCGCAUUUCAACUGUGUCCAUUUAGAAAUCUGGUCAUUCCUUAUCUAGUUCUCCCUUUUUAUAUCUAUAUAUAUAUAAGUAUACAUAUUUGAACUACAUCUCUCCUUUCCCGCGCACAACUCACAGACAUAUUUUUUUUAUCUAUUUAUAUUUAUCUAUCUAUUGAUACAACCCCUUCGUUUUAUGUUUUAUAAUAUUCCUUUCUUGUCAAGAAUAUCAUACCCAUCCAUAUACCAUCACAUAAAUAAACAAUAUCAUUUUAUCCUUUCAA